UGCGCACUCGGUGGUUGCUACCGGUGAAGGCAAACAAUUAUGGGCUCUAAGGAAGCACUUGAGGCGCGCCCUUGAGUCGGCGGAGGUAAAUCCAACGGCGAUCGGAGACGACGUUUGUAGGGAAGCAUGUCUGAGCGGAAAGUGGUUGCGGUCUUCGGGGCCACAGGAGGUCAAGGAGCAUCAGUGGCACGCACCCUCGCACAGACACGUGACUUCAUGGUCCGCGGUCUCACGCGCGACGUCAACACCCAGCACGCGCAGAGGCUCCGAGAGGAUGGCGCGGAUCUCAUCCCUUACGAUCCGUUCGACCGCAGAUCCAUCGAGUCGGGCUUAGCCGGAGCCUACGCCUGCUUCGUGAACACCAUCACAGAUUACUCGGACCCCGACUGCUUCGAGAACGAGAAGCGGCAAGGCAAGCUCAUCGCUGAUGCCUGCAAAGCGAUGGGAGUCCGCCACGUCAUCUUCAGCUCCCAGCUGCACACGGCCCGCAUCACAGGCAUCUUGGUCCGGCACAUGGUGUCCAAGGCGGAGAUCGAAGAGUACAUGCGCGAUAUAGGACUUCCUGUCACGUGCCUCAUUAUGCCCAUCUACUAUGAGGAUUUCUGCGGCAUCUUCAAGCCAGUCACUGGCGAUGGAUAUAAUUUUGAGAUCCGUGAGUCUUAUUUGUGCAGUGUGUUGUCACGUUGCUUGCCAAUGGGAUUUACGCCCUUGGACAUUAUGAGUGUCGAUGAUCUUGGCCCUGUGGUUCUACAUGUACUGCUCAACAAAGACGCUUUCCUCAAUAAGACCCUCAGCGUCAGCGGCGAUAAACUGACGAUACAUGAAGUUGCCACAGUCCUCAGUAGAUAUCUGGCGCCAAAAACCUUCAGAUACAAACAGAUAACCGUGCAAGAGUUCUCACGCCUAGGCUUGCCGGGAAGCCUCGACUGGUCUCAGAUGUUCAACUUCUUUGUCCGGGUGGACCAGCGCUACAACGUGCAAGCCACGCUUCGACUCAAUCCCCACAUGCAGAACUUUGAGACGUGGGUCGCGUGCAACGCCGAUCUCAUCGACAAGGCACUGUCGCGGGCUUCAUAAACUAAAUGGAUAAAUAAAUAAAUUUUUCUAAAGGCGCCAUUUUCUCUUGCAAGAGCCUCUUUAUGCGACAGCAUUCACUGACAUCAUUUGCGUGCCUAAGAUCGGUAGUGCAUGAUCACAGCGGCAUAUGAAGACCGCAAAACUGUCCAGCCUGUGCGAGAAAAAAGGACCCUUGUGUAAGGCAAUAUGUUGUAUCUUUAUCACCAAAGCGUUCAGCCAUAUGGAAACUGCAAUUAGAUUUUUCAAGAAUAUUGAAAAUAUCCUUUUGCAGAAUCUACAACCACAUCAUUUGCUCACAUUUUCAGAAAUAAAGAACUCUAUUUUUA